CAUGAGUCUCAAGUCUUCGUCUUUUUUUCAAGUGGAAGAAUAAAGUGCUACAGGCCAAGUUCUCUUUGCAGAUGAGGCAUGGAAAAACAAACUUAUGGAAAAUCUUAAGAACAGCUCUCCCUCUUUGGCGGUUUUCUGGUUUUUGGCAUUCUUUCUUGCAAAGAUCUCAAUUGCAAGUGACACUGUAAGUCCAAAACAGUCCAUCAAUGGCAGCCAGACAAUAGUUUCAUCGGGGAAGAAAUUUGAACUAGGUUUCUUCACUCCUGGCAAUGCCAAUGAUCAAUAUCUAGGAAUAUGGUACAAGAAUAUUCCGGUUAAGACUGUUGUUUGGGUUGCAAACAGAAACAAACCCCUUAGAAAUUCUUCUGGCAUUUUAACAUUCGGCAAAGAUGGAAUGCUGGUCAUUCUCAACCAAGAAGGGGAUGUUAUUUGGUCCUCAAGUUCAACGCAUACCGCAAAAAGUCCGGUUGCACAGCUCCUGGAUACAGGAAAUUUUGUUUUGAAAGAUGCAUCUGAUAGCAAAGUUGAAAACUAUGUGUGGCAGAGCUUUGAUUACCCAUCUGAUACUUUGUUACCAGGCAUGAAGCUUGGAUGGAAUUUGAAAACUGGCCUGAAUCGAUACUUGACAUCCUGGAAAAGCUCAGAUGAUCCUUCAUUUGGAAACUAUUCUUAUGGUUUAAAUCGUGGUGGACUUCCUCAGUUUGUUCUAAGUAGAGGAUCAACUGUGCUGUUCCGAAGUGGACCCUGGUGUAACACACAAUUCAGUGGAGCUCCAGCUUUUAUGGUAAACCCCAUUUUAACACCAAUGUUUAUAUUCAAUGCUGAUGAAGUGUAUUAUGCAUUUGAAAUCACAAAAAAUGUCAGCUCAAGGUUUCUGUUAAGUCACUCUGGUGUAGUUCAGCACCUAUCAUGGAAUGAACGGGUUGGUUGGUAUCAAUUGUUCACCGUUCAAGAAGACCGGUGUGACAAUUAUGGCUUGUGUGGUAGUUAUGCCUAUUGCAACACUGACAAAUCUCCAAACUGUGAGUGUUUGAAGGGCUUUGUACCGAGAUCAUUGCAAGACUGGAAGAUCUUCGACUGGUCAGGCGGGUGUGUUCGAAAGGAUCCAAACAUUUGCAGAGGAGACAGAUUCUUGAAAAUUACCGGACUGAAACUGCCAGAUGCAAUGCAAUUUCGGGUGAAUGUUAAUAUGACCAUCAAAGACUGCAAGGCAGAAUGCCUGAAGAACUGCUCUUGUGUGGCUUAUGCACAACUGGGCAGCAGCAGCAGCAGCAGCGAUGACAAGGAGUGUGUGACAUGGUUUGGAGGCUUGAUUGAUAUAAAACAAGUUGCAGAGAAUGGACAAGAUCUUAACAUAAGAGUUGCAGCUUCUGAAGUAGAAUCUAAUGCUGACACAAGUAAAAAACAAGGUAGUUUGGUUAUUGUUGUUUCUAUAUCAGUGGCAUCAGUAAUGAUCAUCUUCUCUUCAAUCAGUUGGUUCCUGAUUUGGAAAAAGAAACAAAUUGGAGGUAACCAGACAGACAAUCCGAUCAGCAUUAGCAUGUCUAAAGAGCAGGAGGAUAAUAUUGAUCUUCCUUUGGUGGAAUUGGCCACUAUUGAAGCUGCCACAAACUUCUUCUCUGAUGCCAAUAAAAUUGGAAGAGGAGGAUUUGGCCCUGUAUAUAAGGGAGAGCUGCAAUCUGGACAAGAAAUAGCAGUAAAGAGGCUAGCAGAGAAUUCAGGACAGGGUCUUAAAGAGUUCAAGAAUGAAGUGAUUUUGAUCUCAAAACUCCAACAUCGUAAUCUGGUGAGGCUUCUUGGUUGUUGCAUCCAACAAGAAGAAAGAAUGUUGAUCUAUGAGUAUAUGCCAAAUGGAAGUUUGGAUUCCUUCAUCUUUGAUGAAUCAAGGCGUCAUUUACUGAACUGGCAAAAGAGAGUUGACAUUACUGUGGGGAUAGCCCGAGGCCUUCUUUAUCUUCAUAGAGAUUCAAGGCUUAGAAUAAUACACAGAGACCUUAAAGCAAGCAAUGUUCUACUAGACCAUGAGAUGAAUCCCAAAAUUUCAGACUUUGGAAUGGCAAGAAUGUUUGGGGCAGAUCAAACUGAAGCAAAUACAACCAGGGUAGUUGGAACCUAUGGUUAUAUGCCCCCAGAGUAUGCAAUAGAUGGACAUUUUUCGUUAAAAUCUGAUGUCUUCAGCUUCGGAGUGAUACUAUUGGAGACUGUGAGUGGCAAAAAGAACCGGGGAUUUUUCCAUUCUGAUCACAAACUCAACCUUCUGGGACAUGCAUGGAAAUUAUGGAGUGAAGGCAGGGCCCUGGAGCUGGUGGAUGAAGUGGUACAAAAAGAAGUUCCUGAUUCGGAAGGAUUAAGAUGUAUACAAGUGGGGCUUUUAUGCGUCCAACAGCGGCCAGAAGAUAGGCCAAUAAUGCCGUCUGUGCUGUUGAUGUUGGAUAGCGAGACUGUGUCGUUGCCUAAACCAGGAAGGCCUGGAUUUUAUGCGGAAAGGUCUUUGUCAGAGACAGAUACAUCGUCUCUUGGAAAACUGGUUUCCAAUGAGAUGACUGUUACAUUUUUAGAAGGUCGUUAAUUUUGCUACCUACUUUCAUUUCUUGUAAUUUGAGUUGGAACUUUAUGAACAUAUUCUCCUGUAAGUAGCUGAUAUUGUGCUUAUUGUUUAAGAUGCAACCAUUUUUAAAUUAAGAUUAUCGUCAAUAAUAA